CCAUCCCCCAGACGGUGCACAUCACAAUCAGAUUUGAUUUAGGAGAAUCUCACUGCACCUGUACUUUGAGAUGGAGCAUGAGGAAGGUCUUUGGACUGGGCCUUUUGAAGAAAUUCUAGGUUCUGAUGGGUUGGUUGCUUUAGGAGUGUUGACGUAGCUUUAAAUAACAUUAGCUUUGGAACUGCCCUCCCUGAAGGUGAAGAUGUGAGAGGGCUGAUAUUUCUCUGUGAGACUUCCUUAGGUUGGUAAAUUGUAGUUCUCACCAUCAAGGAAAUGUUUACACCAGAGCAAGGUGUGGAAAACCCUAGAUGAGCAGGUAUUCCUGGAGAUUCACGGGCUCUGCCAAAGUAAGGUCAUUACCACUGCUCCAUCCUGAACGAAAGAUCAUAUUUGAUCAUGUAUAUAUGAAAUGAUCAUAUAUGACACAAAUAGAUAUUGUCUAUUCAUAAUAUAUAUGAAUAGACAAGACAAUUUACAGAUUAUAAUUUUGUAACUGGUAACUGGAAGUCUUUUUUUCCUUUGUGUUGAAUUAUUACCUGAGUUUGCUAAGGAAAAUUUGGGGGAAUCACAUAUUUAAAUUGGUGUAAAUAAGAGAAGAAAAGUCUAGAUGAUGAAACUUUUUGUUGAUUAGAGUUCUAUUUAGCUCUUAAUACUGCAGUAAAUAAGAGGUUAUAGUAGUUGAAAAUACAUAUGAAUUUUUAAAAUUUAGGCAAAUCUAUAGGUAAUUGAAACGUAUACAUGUGUAAAUUUUCUUUUCAACAUGUGAAAUCUUGAGUUCAAAGUCCUUCAUAAAAGCAUAAUUCCUAAAUUAUUUUUUAAUAUAAAUUAAUAGAGAGGUUUAUUACCCUAAUUUCUGUGACAAAAACCCAAGUUAUGGAGAGAAAAAUUUAAAAGACGAGGCAAGAGAUGCCACUAUAAUUUAAAGUAUAUUGCUCUCCAUUCUUUCUAUUUAUUUUUAAAACCAGUUCAUUAACUGUAACCUUGUGCUAGGAAAAGUUGUCAUUUGUGCCCCAAAAUUGUCUGUGUGUGUGUGUGUGUGUAUAUAUAUAUAUAUAUAUGUAUAUUUCUCUCUCUCUCUAUAUAUAUAUAUACUUUAGAGCCUUCAUUAAAAUUAUAGGAAAGAUCAAUCUUGACAAAAGUGAAUUUUGAUGAAAAUUUAGGAGGAACAGGUAUGAAUUAAUAUAAAUAAGAUUGAAUAAAAAUCUAGAUGACUGAAACAUAUUUCAUCAUUUAGUAAGAAGAGUUCUAUUUAGCUCUUAAGCUGCAAUAAAUAAGAGGUUAGAUUAGUUGAAAAUACACGAGUUUAGAAAAUCUAGAUAAAUCUGUAGAUAAUUGAAACAUAACUCAGGACAACAUUUAAUGAAAAUGAAUUAGUUUUUCAACACAGUUCUCUAACAGAGUUAAAUUAAUAUUUUACUGUGAAACUAUUUUUUUCUGCACCAGAAUCUAUGGUAGGUUGGUAAAAAAAAAAAUGGACUAACUAUUCAUUCACCCCUAGAGUAUAUUCCUUGCCCUGGUAAUCUCAGUGAUCAGUGGGUACCUAAAGUGGAAAUAGUUUUAAAUGCUACCUCUGCAUUAUUAGGUUUGGGUGCAUUCAGAGAUAUGUGCUGUGAGUGUGACAAAAUGACUAAUGUGGAAUUGGUUGUUGAAUUGGAAUUUUUCGUUGCUAGCAAAAUUCACAUUGCCAAGACCUCUUUCCCUUUGUCUUUGAAAUUGAAGAGUAUUUUAAGUGAAAGCCAAUGCAAACAUGUCUUAUUCCUUCAACUUCUCCAUCAAAUGAGUAGUGUUUUCUAUUUGCAGUGGGCUAUUUGCAGGGUUCUUUUUCAUAAAUCUUGCAGCUUCAAGGGGGGAAAAAAGUAACUUAUUAUCCCCCCCCCUCCACUGUCCCAUCCCAAGUAUUGUACACAAAUGUGCAUUGAUCAAAGAUUCUCUUAGCUUAGAAAAGCCUUUCUUUCCACUUGGUAAAUCAGGCAGUGUAGAAUCAGCAAGGGCCAGCUCCCACUGUCUGUUCCAAUGUGUGACUCAUCUACCCUGUGGAGAUUUAAACUGAUUAGACCUUGAGCCUAAUCCCACAAAAGCAGGUUCUGGGAUUGGUAUAAGCCUUUGAUUUAUUGGAACAUGUCUGAUGGUGUGCUAGUCACUGAGCCCUCUGAUAUGAGCCCUCCUUCUGGCAAGGUCCUCCAGAGACCCCAGGAUUCCGAAUCACAUCUUUGUCCACAAAGCACAUUUCUCUGCCUCAAGGAAUUUCUCCCAUGGCCCCACAGAAGCAAUUGUUAAACCUAAAUUAGGGGAAGGACCUGCUUAAACAUGUUGCACCUCUUCACUUCUUGUGCUUGAAUAAGAAGUUCACAAUCUUCCCUGUAGUAUCCUUCUUAGGGGACCUUUAGAAACAAAUAUUUGAUCAUGUAAGUGGUAACUGGUAGCAUAAAGUAAAGCGUGGUGUUCCCCAUUUAAGGAAAUUGCUUUAAAAAAUGAGAGAAUUUUAGGGACUACUUUCCAGAGGUCAGGCAAAGGCCAGUUUCCCCUUGAUAUUAGUUAGGAACCACAGGGUGGGAUUAACAAGUGACUGGAAAAUGAAGGUGAAGAGGGAAUUAUAAUUAUGUAUCAGCAUCAUGUGCAUCUCUAAUUAAUCAUUAAUAUAUUAGCUCAUACAUUAAUUUAACAAAUAUUCAUUAGGGAUCUCUGCCAGGCAAGAUUCUGGGCACCAUAAUUACAAAAGUGAAUGAGAUACAUUGGCCACCUACCCCCCUUUAUAGGGCCUAGAAGGAAAUAUACAAAUAACUGCAGUGAUUGUUUCUCAGAUUAUCAAAUAAAGGUAACAAUUACCUAUUUUCCAAUGUUGUUUUUUGAGGACAAAUAUAUGAAGAAACUUCAACUAGAAAAGCCAAAUUCAUAUUCACCAUUGGUUUGUCUGCACAAUACCUGGUAUUUGGUAAUACAGGAUUUGGACUAUAGGGGACAUUGUCAAUUUCAAUUUUUUAAUUUUUCUAAAGUAUGCAAAUGAUAAUUUAUGUAAUUUCUUUCAAGGAGCAAAACAAUCAAAACCACUGUCAGUACAAAUGCAAGGUAUUCUUCGUGUUGGAGAUCUCUGUUGUAAUGAUGAUUCCUUACACUGUGUGUAGUUUGAUGUGUGUAGAGCUUUCAUAACCACUUUUCCACAUUUCAUCUUUAUAGUAUAGUAUCCCUGUCAGGAAGUUUGGUUAUUUCCACUUCUCUGUUGAGAAGAUGGAGUCUCAGUGAUUGUCACUGAAUCAAUCAUCGCAGGCUGUAAGAGCAACAGCUUCAGCCAGAGUCUUAAGCAGAAUGUCUUCUGCCUCUCAGUCAAGGGAAGUUUGUACUCUGCCUCAAUAAGGACUAACGAGAGGACCACAUGGACGGGAUAACUGUGGAUCUGGAUAAGAAACAUCACAGCUAGCAAACUGAUGAGAGAAGCCUCCGCACUUCUUAGAUUGCUCCAGAGGAUAAUGUGGGCAGAAUAAUGCCCGUCCCCCAAGGGGUCUAUGUCAUCAUACCUCAAUCUCUGACUAUGUUCGGUUCUAGGACAAAAGGGAAUGAAGGUUGCUGAUCAGAUGACCUUAAAAUAGGGAGGUUACCCUGGCUUAGGCCAGCGGGCCCAAUGUAAUUCUUCAAAAGGGAGGCAGCAAAAGAGAGGGAGAUGUGGCUAAGGAAGAGUAAAUUGUCGAGGGAUGUGAUAAUGCUAUCUUUAAAAAUAGGAGAAAGACCCACAAGCCAAGGACUGUGGAUGGCCUCUAGGAGCUAGAAAAGGCAAGGAAAAGGAUUCUCCCCUAGAACCUUUGGAAAGAAACAUAGCCCCAUGAACAUCUUGGUUGCAGCCCAUUGAGACUGAUGUUUGACUUCUGACCUAUAGAACUGUACAAUAAACUUCUGUUAUUUUAUGCCACUAGUGUGUGGUAAUUUGUUAAAGUAGCCGUAGGAAACUAAUGUAGAGGGGGUGCCUGUUAGAGCCAGAUUUAUAGCUGUCUACCUUUAGGGAAGACAGUGCAACUGGAAACCCCUCAUUAUCACUAUGUGGAGACAGUUGCAGGUUGGAUUAAUAGUUUAUUCAGCUGUUUAUUAAUAAACAUUUAUUGCACAUCUACUUGGUACAAGGUACUGUUCUAGGCCCAACAGUAAACAAGACAUAAAGAAAUGCUGCCUUCAUGAAGUUCUCAUUGUAGAAAAGGAGACAGACAAUAGAUAAGUAAACUAUGUAAUAAAUGAGAUAGUAUAAGUGGUGAGGAAGUUGUAAGGAGAUAACAGUGAUAGGAAGUUGUGUGUGUAUAUGUGUGUGUGUGUGUGUGUGUGUGUGUGUGUGUGUAGUUGUCUGUAAAUUUUAGAUGGGGCUUUUAGGGCAGGUUCACUGGGAAGGUGCUAUAUAGACAAAGAUGUGAGGACUUAUGUCAGGAAAUAGAAAACAGCCAUGUGGCUUUUUGAGAGAUGUCCCAAGCAAAGGGAACGGUAAGCUCUGAGAGGGUUCCUGGUGUUCUGUUGGAUGGGAGAUAGCAGAUAGGUGAGAAUGUAGGUAAAACUUCCAGGAUGCCAGGUUGAUCUUCUGAAUGAUAGCGUACAGUCCCCUCAGGCCUGGCCUUGAAGCUUUUCUCCUCAGCUAUUGGUCCUUUUUAAUCACUUCUGCUGCAGAGAAAAAGCAGAUCAUUUCCAAAAGCCUGCUGUGGGAGGAGGCAGAAAGUAUCAGAGAAUGUAUCAGAGCUGAUAACCAAUUUUAUGGAUCAGUCAUUUUAAUUAAUAAGGAGAAUAAGGGAAAGUAAUGCAAAUAAUGUCAGUACUGGUUGGCAUUUCCUUGAAAUUUUGAAUCACUUUCACUUUUCAAAGGGUAAGGAGUUUGGUUGGUGACUGGGAGCAGGCAGAAUUGGGAAUGCUCUAAACCUACCUGGCAGUUCACGAAGUGAUAUUGGAAAAGGUCAGUGUCUAUUUCUUGCUUCACACUGUGCAUAUUCUUUUAUCUUUCCUCCUUUAGACAGAGCUCACAACCGCUAUCCCCCUAAAGCUGUUGACUAGCAUUUCUUUAAGCAAGCAGGUGACACAGUGCCUCAUGUGACUCUAGCAGUGAGGGAUGAAGACAUUUUGCAAGGGUUGGACACCUACAGCUAAGAAGGAGCCAGGUGUAACCAGAGAGGGGCCAGCCAAUUGGUUGGAUCAGCUACAGACUUGGCCUGGGAAAUGGGAAAUAGGAGAAAUGUCAGAGCUUGGUUUUUAACAUAGAAAAGCUCUAAAAAGAGAGAGAGAGAGAGAAUAGUAAUGGAUUAAGCACAGGAAGAAAAAAGAUGCUUCCAGGGGUAUGUGGCAGUUUUAAAACAUGGCCUCAAAAUCCUUUGACACUCUUCCCAUCAGGAAGUGGGCUCUGUGUCUCCUUUCCUUGAAUCCCCUUGUGACUGUGUGACCAAUAGAAUGUGUAGAAGUGAUUCCGCAUCAGUUUCUGGGUACAGGCCUUGAGAAAUUGGUGGCUUCCACUUUCUGUUUCUUGAGAUGCUUGCUCUUGGAACCCAGCCACUGUGCUGUGAAGAAGCUAUACCUACCCCACAGAAAGGCUCCUAUGGAACGGGACAAGAGCCAGCCGGGCACAAGAGCCACCUUGCAAACAGAUUCUUUAGCUUGUUGGGCCAUACCAGCUAACCCGACAUGGAGCAGAGAUGAGCUAUGUCUGCUGAGCCCUGCCUGAGUUUUAGAUCUGUGAGAACAUUAGAUCAUUGUUGUUAUUUUAAGCUACUAAGUUUGUAGGUGGCUUGCUCUACAUGGAUAAUUGUAAUAAGGCACAUUUGAGGUGACUAGGAAAGAGAAAUAUCAGGUCCCAUGCACACUUGAGGAUGCCUUGUUAUUUCAAGAAUAUGUAAUAUAAAUCCUAAAAUUUAAAUCAUCCUUAACCAUUUUGGAGCUAUUGACUCUCCCCCCAAAAAGUCAUGUGUAUACCAAUCUUUUGAAUAUGUUUCAGGAGCCUGAGGACUUCCUACAUUCAUCCAUGGACAGAGACCCAAGUUGAGAACCUCUGUGACCGGACUCUCUCUCCACCACUAUUUGUUAUAAAGUGGAAUUUGGUAUAAGCUCAGGAAGGAUGAGAGAAAGGACACUGGACUUUCUGUUAUUAGACUUGUGUUUUGUUCUAGUCCUCUCAUAGACUUGCUUUUUGAUUACAGAUAAAGUGUAAAACCUCUUUGUAUCACAAUUUCCUGGAUGGUAAAAUGUUAAUUAAAAUCCUGUCCUUCCUUUCCUUAAAGAAAUGGCGAAAUUAAAAAAAAAAGAAAAGAAAAGUAAAGUAAAAGGAAGUGAACGUUCUUAGAAAAGUUAUAACUUGCCCUUAAGAGGUACUCAAAGAAUAUUUGUUGACUUUAUUGUAAGCUGUUGCUAUGCAUUGGGGAUUGCUUGAUUAUUUAGCCCAAACCUUUAAGGGCAAGGUCUUGCCCAUAACACAACCCUGGAAUCUGGACCCCAGAGAAAGAGUACCAAAGAGUAUAGGAAUGGAAAGGGGAGUUCAGUACUGUUCCCACACCAACCAUGUUACCUUUUUAUCUUCUGUUAUUCUUAGUUUUAUAGCUGGUAUAAAGAAACUAUGAGAAACAGUAGCCUGCAAAGAUUGGUAUCAGUUUACACCAAAACAGAACUCUGCCCAUGAGCACAAGGAAUUGGAAGUAAUAUACACAGAAAUCUCACAAAAUAUAAAAGAACAUAGACACUGGCUUCAGGAUUGGCGUCAUUGGGAUAGAAGGUCUAUUUACUUUGCUUCUUAUGAGGUCAGCAAAACAUUUUGAAUAGCAACUCCUUGGCUGCCUGCAGUAGGUCUGAAAAUAUGAAAUAAAACAUAAAUGCAGACCUGACUUAUGAGUAGCACGUUCCAAGUUUCCUUCUUUGCUUUCUGCUAUAACAGAUUGCCUUGUUACUGUAUUUGUAGAUUCCUAUCACCUCAGAUGAAAGAAUCCCAGUGUUGGCCAGGGCAAAACCCAAAACAUAGAGGAUGGGAGGCAACACCCAGUGUUAAAACUUUCAACAAGGAAAACCCACUGUGGUUGUUUUUCCUGUAUAUUGGGAAAUGUCAGGAUAAGGAGGGCCAGGAGAGUAAGCAGAAAUCACGUCCACACGGACCUAAGGUAAUUUCAUUUCCAAUAGACAUGGUGACAGUGAUCAAUGAAUUGCAGAAUCUCAAACAACAGCUGCCCAGCAACUGUCACAAUAUCAUUGUCAUAAUAUCCCAGGUCAAAGAUAGCUAUACUAUGUUUAGUUUUCAUAUCAAUGUAAGUUGAGUCAAUUUUGGCUGAACUAAAUGCCUUUAGUUUAUUACUCCUUUCUACUUUUCAUCCUCUCCUGUCUCCAAAAAAUCCCCAGAGUCUGAAUUUAAUCAUUCGUCAGGUUUGGGUACGUUCACAUAUAAAUACAUUGCUUAUGAUGGAUCCAGUCAAAGUUGAUGAGCAGGACUCCCCCAGCCCAUGCCACGUGGGCUUUCUGCCCACCAGCACUGAAGCUGGCAGAAAUCCCCUGUGGGAGGACAGAAGCAGGUGACCUUGAGGAGCCUGUAAAGCAAGUCUUAGGAGGGUAAUUUUAUCACCUGUUUCUUCUUCCUCUUUCAAGCCUUCCCUCAACUCCUUACACCCCAGUUGAGUACUUCUAUCUGUGCCAUCUCUCUUAUCAAAUGCAAAUCGAAUUGGGUUUAAUGUUAAAGCAGCUCACUGUCAGGCACAUAAAAGAGACCUUCAGUUUGAGAAGUUGAAGUGUGGUCACAAAAUAUCCAUAAGUGCAUAUGUUGAGGAUUUAUUCUCAGGUGCUCCCUGCUAGGGUCUCUUAAGCGUCAGAUCCCCUUUAAGGAAAUCAGUGCUGAUAAAGAGGCGCAUAGCCAAAGAAGCUGAAGCAGAGUGAACUACAUUGACUUACAGCCCAUAGGUGUGGAGAAAAAUCCCUAAUAAGCAAUUUUUUAAGAAUGCAUGUACUAAAGGGAGAAUUACUAUAUAUUUUUUCCAGACAAUUCCUUUUGGAGGUUUUGUUUACCAUUUAAAUUGCAUACUUAUUAUUUAUUUUGGAUGAUAUAUAGACCUUUCAGGAAUUGUUGGUGGUGUUUUUCCUGUUGUUUCUCUUCCUUGCUUGGGCUUGGUGCUGGGGAAACAGAUGAAUCAAGCACAGUGAUUGCUUGUCAGGAGCUCGCACUGGCAGUCUGGUCUAGCCAUGUGGACAAACAACGACUGUGCGUUUUGAUAAGAGAGAUGGCACAGAUAGAAGUACUCAACUGGGGUGUAAGGAGUUGAGGGAAGGCUUGAAAGAGGAAGAGAUCCAAGAGGUGUAUCUUGUCAAAAAGUUGAGAUAUUCUAGCUAGAGGGAAAUAGAGUUGGGAGGUAGAGGUGGAUAUUCUGAGAAAAAGGAAUAGUGAGUACAAAACAGAAAAGUAGCAAGAACAUUAGCAUUUUGGAAACUGAGUAGGUUGAUAGGACUAGGGCACACAAAUGUUAGACCAGAAAGACUCGGAAAUAACCUGGAGAGGAAAGCAGGGAGAAGAUCAUGGAAUAUUUUACAGGCUAUAUAGAGGUAUUUGGAUUUUAUCUGAAGCCUAUGGGAGCCUUGGAGGGAUUUUGUGGCAGGUCCUGCCAGUAUCCUUCUCAUAUUCUCUCGGUAGUCACCGACCCCGUACAAGACAACAGCUAUUAAGUCUCAGCAACUAUAAGUUUGCAAAAUUAUGAUGAGAGACUGCCAAAGUGCCAGGAGUUUAUGCUCUAGGGAGCAGCCAUUAAACAGCAAUGGAUAAAUGUCUCAGAUCCUUCUACCCUGGUGUGGGACAAAUCUGAGGUAUGUUCUAUACAGUCUCUGUGAGGUUCCCAGUGGGAUGAAGCCCUCAUCCUCAGAGCAAUUAUCUGAUCAUUACCAGUAUUGGCUUCCUUCCCAUACCUGCCAUUCUUCCAUACCCCUCCCCACCACACACAUUUGCUUCCUGGGAUCACUUCUCAAAAAACUAUUUGCACUCACAUUUCAGACUUUUCUUUUUGUAUGGAAGUUGCUCAGGGUCUACCAGGGGUCUACUUCUGGCAGAACCUGAUCUAGGACAGUUUUUGGCAUGAGGAGAAACAUGGUGAUGAAGGUGACCUCCAGAUGGUCCUUAUGAGAAUGGAAGUGAGAGGGGAAGACUCAAGAGCAAUUUAACAAGUAUAAUUCCUAGCAAUUAUGAUCUAGUUGGGUGUAUUCUGUGAGGGAAGGAAGGACUCUUAGGUGAUUCAAGGUUUGAGUUUGUUGACUGGAGGAAUCUCUUAAACAAAAUAAGGAAUACAGCAUGGAAAAUAGGAUUUCUGGUGAACUAUAAGGGACUUAGAUUUGAUUAUGCUGAAUUCGAAGUAUUUCCAUGGAUAUAUGUGGGGCUUAGAGGAGAGAACUAGUUGGGAGACUGGAAUUUGGAAGUAGUGGAGGCUGUGGGUGUGGCUGUGGUUACUCAAGCAGAAUGUGGGGAUGGGGAGUGGGGAGAACCCAGCCAGAACAUAAGUUUGGGAAUACAAACCUUUAACAAUCAAAUUUAUGAGGAGGAACCUGCUAAAGAGAAGGAGUGGUUUGAAAGACCAGGCAAGGGUCCAGGGAGUGAGGUCACAGAAGCCAAGAGAGGGAAAAGUGUCAGGAGCAGGGAGGAAGCAACAGGGUCAAAGGCUGCAGAAAGGUUUGGCAAGCAUUCCAGUUGGCUUUUGAGUGGAUAAUUGUUGCAGUGACAGCAUUGACGUUGGAAGCAACCAGUGCCCGUUUGAAUUACAUACAACGCCACGAUGAAAAGAAAUACCUGUGAUUCGCUUUCCCGGAGCAAAAGUGCCUCUGAGGAAACACUACACUCCAGUAAUGAAGAGGAAGACCCUUUCCGAGGAAUGGAACCCUACCUUGUACGGAGACUUUCGUGCCGAAAUAUUCAGCUUCCCCCUCUUGCCUUCAGACAGUUGGAACAAGCUGACCUGAAAAGUGAAUCAGAGAACAUUCAAAGACCGACCAGCCUCCCCCUGAAGAUCCUGCCUCUGAUUGCUAUCACUUCUGCAGACUCCAGUGGUUUUGACGUGGACAAUGGCACAUCUGUGGGACGAAGUCCCUUGGAUCCCAUGACCAGCCCAGGAUCUGGGCUAAUUCUCCAAGCAAAUUUUGUCCACAGUCAACGCCGGGAGUCCUUCCUGUAUCGAUCCGACAGCGAUUAUGACCUCUCUCCAAAGUCUAUGUCCCGGAACUCCUCCAUUGCUAGUGAUAUACAUGGAGAUGACUUGAUUGUGACUCCAUUUGCUCAGGUCUUGGCCAGCCUGCGAACUGUACGAAACAACUUUGCUGCAUUAACUAAUUUGCAAGAUCGAGCACCUAGCAAAAGAUCACCCAUGUGCAACCAACCAUCCAUCAACAAAGCCACCAUAACAGGAAGUGAGCUCGAGGCAGCAGAUAGAAACCAGCUGCAGAACUGUGAGACCCAAGCCAAGGACAAUUCCUAUGUUUUGGCCCAUUGCAAGGAGGCCUACCAGAAACUGGCCAGCGAGACCCUGGAGGAGCUGGACUGGUGUCUGGACCAGCUAGAGACCCUACAGACCAGGCACUCUGUCAGUGAGAUGGCCUCCAACAAGUUUAAAAGGAUGCUUAAUCGGGAACUCACCCAUCUCUCUGAAAUGAGUCGGUCUGGAAAUCAAGUGUCAGAGUAUAUAUCAAACACAUUCUUAGAUAAGCAACAUGAAGUGGAAAUUCCUUGUCCAACUCAGAAGGAAAAGGAGAAAAAGAAAAGGCCAAUGUCUCAGAUCAGUGGAGUCAAGAAACUGAUGCACAGCUCUAGUCUGACUAAUUCAAGUAUCCCAAGGUUUGGAGUUAAAACUGAACAAGAAGAUGUCCUUGCCAAGGAACUGGAGGAUGUGAACAAAUGGGGUCUUCAUGUUUUCAGAAUAGCAGAGUUGUCUGGUAACCGGCCUCUGACUGUUAUCAUGCACACCAUUUUUCAGGAACGGGAUUUAUUAAAAACAUUUAAAAUUCCAGUAGAUACUUUAAUUACGUAUCUUAUGACUCUCGAAGACCAUUACCAUGCUGAUGUGGCCUAUCACAACAAUAUCCAUGCUGCAGAUGUUGUCCAGUCUACUCAUGUGCUGUUAUCUACACCUGCUUUGGAGGCUGUGUUUACAGAUUUAGAGAUUCUUGCAGCAAUUUUUGCCAGUGCAAUACAUGAUGUAGAUCAUCCUGGUGUGUCAAAUCAAUUUCUGAUCAAUACAAACUCCGAACUUGCCUUGAUGUACAAUGAUCCCUGUCUUAGAGAACAUCAUUUAGCUGUGGGCUUUAAGUUGCCAGAAGAAAACUGUGACAUUUUCCAGAAUUUGACCAAAAAGCAAAGACAAUCGUUAAGGAAAAUGGUCAUUGACAUUGUACUUGCGACAGACAUGUCAAAGCACAUGAAUCUACUGGCUGAUUUGAAAACUAUGGUUGAAACUAAGAAAGUGACAAGUUCUGGAGUCCUCCUUCUUGAUAAUUAUUCUGAUAGGAUUCAGGUCCUUCAGAAUAUGGUGCAUUGUGCCGAUCUGAGCAACCCCACAAAGCCUCUCCAGCUGUACCGCCAGUGGACGGACCGGAUCAUGGAGGAGUUCUUCCGCCAAGGAGACCGGGAGAGGGAGCGUGGCAUGGAGAUAAGUCCUAUGUGUGACAAGCACAAUGCAUCCGUGGAAAAAUCACAGGUGGGCUUCAUAGACUAUAUCGUUCAUCCUCUCUGGGAGACAUGGGCAGACCUUGUACAUCCCGAUGCCCAGGACAUUUUGGACACUUUAGAAGACAAUCGUGAAUGGUACCAGAGCACAAUCCCUCAGAGCCCCUCUCCUGCACCUGACGACCAAGAGGAGGGCCGGCAAGGUCAAACUGAGAAAUUCCAGUUUGAACUAACUUUAGAGGAAGAUGGCGAGUCAGACACGGAAAAGGACAGUGGGAGUCAAGUGGAAGAAGACACUAGCUGCAGUGACUCCAAGACUCUCUGUACUCAAGACUCGGAGUCUACUGAGAUUCCCCUUGAUGAACAGGUUGAAGAGGAGGCAGUGGGGGAAGAAGAGGAAAGCCAGCCCGAAGCUUGUGUGAUAGAUGAUCACUCUCCUGACACGUAACAGUGCAAAGACUUUCAUGCCUUUUAUUUUUUUUUUAGUAGAAAAAUUGUUUCCAAAGUGCAUGUCACAUGCCACAACCACGGUCACACCUCACUGUCAUCUGCCAGGACGUUUGUUGAACAAAACUGACCUUGACUACCCAGUCUGGCGCUCAGGAAUAUUGUAACCAGUUUUUUCACCUCCAUGUCAUCAGAGCAAGGUGGACAUCUUCACGAACAGCAUUUUAACAAGAUUUCAGCUUGGUAGAGCUGUCGAAGCAGAUAAAAUCAAUUCCAAAAUGUUUUCGAGGGAACGUGGCUCAUCAGGCAGCCCAAAAGUUGAUUGGAUUUGGGGUUUCUUUUCUUUUUAUUUGUUUGCAAUAUUUUCAGAAGAAGGCAAGCAUUUCACAAAGUGAACUUACUGGGUGAAGCAACAGACACAUCAAGAACAGGACACAGCAUGAAUCUGUUACCAGAAGGAAGAGGAAGAUGAGCCACAGAAAUUACAUAAUUUUCUAAUUUCAAGUCUUCCUGAUACAUGACUGAAUAGUGUGGUUCAGUGAGCUGCACUGACCUCUACAUUUUGUAUGAUAUGUAAAACAGAUUUUUUGUAGAGCUUACUUUUAUUAUUAAAUGUACUGAGGUAUUAUAUUUAAAAAAAACUAUGUUCAGAACUUCAUCUGCCACUGGUUAUUUUUUUCUAAGGAGUAACUUGCAAGUUUUCAGUACAAAUCUGUGCUACACUGGAUAAAUCUGAUUUACGAAUUUUACUUGCACCUUAUAGUUCAUAGCAAUUAACUGAUUUGUAGUGAUUCAUUGUUUUAUAUACCAAUGACUUCCAUAUUUUAAACAGAAAAACAACUUUAUGUUGCAGGAAACCCUUUUUGUAAGUCUUUGUUUACUUUGCUUUCUGUUUCACUCUUUCCAGAAAAGUGGGGUUGCUCUCCACUGACAUUUUUCUUUGCAGUGUGCAAGUGAAUAUUUGUUCUAUAAUACUUUGAUGUGCGUUAUGUCAAAUGUGUCUUAAGCCUCAUGGAAACUCAGUCAUCAGUUGGUGUUGUCUGAAGCAAGUGGGAGAUAUAUAAAUAUCCAGUAGCUAAAAUAGGUCAGUCUUUUUUAGAUAUUUUCCUACUUAGUGUCUUCUGAUAACUUUUUGCUGUGUCAGUAGACGUGCAUUUCACAAGUGCAUGUCUUUGUAAUAAUCUGCACAUUUCAUGCUCAUUUUUAUUGUUUUUACAGCCAGUUAUAGUAUGAAAAAUGUUUUUCCCCUUGUGCUGCUUUAUUGUUUAGCAUGUGUUUGAACCUCUGUCCAUGUUGGUUAGAUGGGAUCUUAUCAUAUAUAUCACCACCAUUCAGAUUGAUGAAAAGAAGCAGGUUAGGGUUAUGGUUAGUCAAGUUAGUCAAGUUAGGGUUAGCAUUCAUUUCUACCGUGAAGUUGUGUAUCAUGACUAGCUUUUACUCUUGGUAUACAGAAAAAAAGUUAAUGGCUAAGUAGGCAGUUUUUAAGAAUAUUAACAGUAUAUAUUAGCAAACACUAGUACAACUAAUUCUCUUUGGUUUUGAUGAUUUCACCAUGGGAUUAAGAAUUGUAUCAGGAAUAUCUCUGAUAGUUGGUUUUAAGUGUAGCCACUACUCUUUCUUGAUGGACAGCUAUAUAAUGUGUAGAAAUGGCUUUAUCACUUAUCCUUGAUUCAUAAACAUGUCUUGUAGAGGGGAGCUACUUCUUUUAAACAGACUGAGGGAAAGAAGAUGAUGCCACUAGCACCAGAGGGUUAGUAAAAAGAUUCUGCCUGAAUAAAAAAUUAGAGAUCACUCUUAGCUAAUUUUAACACCAGGAACUGUGUUGCAAUUUUAGAGAUUAAUUCCAAGUUUUUACCUACUCAGAGCAGUUGGCAUCAUGGGGCAUUUAGUUUGGACUUCUCUUCCCAUGUCAGUUCUAAGUAAAAUGUUUACCUUCUUCUCUGUGUAGAGUUUGGAGCCCAAAUAAUAAUUUUUCACAUUGAUAUCCAAGAAUUGAAAUAGAGGCUAAAGGGAGCAUCUGACCAAGUGAAAACUAAAACAGUUGAGAAAAACUGCAACCCUGAAAAACAUUUAUAUUGGGAACUUCUCAAGGAGCCUUCUGGGGACUAGUAACUAAAUUAUCAGCCAGGAAAAUGACCCAAGCUGAAGACAGCCCCUAUUUUAAUCCCCUGAGAUCCAACCUACGCUUAGAACCUUUGGUAGAAAGAUCAUGUCUUUAUAGCUCUGAUCUUUUAUGUAGGGCACAACAGGAAUCAACUAAUUAAUUACCAGGUUUGCAAUCUUUUUCCUCUAUAAAGAUCAGAGAGUAAUCUUCCAAAUAAAGAUCAAUGUUUAAGUGGUUUCGCAAGAACAUUUGGGAACUUGUUUCUCUUUUCAUUGUAUUUCUCCCUGAGGGAGAGCUACAAGGAAAGGCAACAAGAAUCUAGAGUUUAUUCCUCUUUCCAAAACAUCUUCAUUCCCCACCCUCCAUUUGGUAUUUCCCCCACAGAGUGCCUAGAAUCUUAAUAAUGAAAAAAAAAAUUAAAAAGCAGCAAUAUGUCAUUAACAAAUCCAGACCUGAAAGGGUUCAUAACUGCACUAAUAAAGAGAGGAUUUUUUUUCCAGUUUAUUGGUUCUUAAUGGUACCAUGUUGUAAGGAUACCCACAAAUGGACAAUCAAAUUGUGGAAAAGGCUUAAUAUCUAAGAGACAGGGACUAAUGCACUGUACAAUCUGCUUACCCUUGCCUUUCUCUCUCUCUUUCUCCCUUUUGUCUUGCCAAAGUGUGCUUCAGAAAUGUACACUGCUUUAAAAAGAACAUCCUUUUACAAGUGGCUUUUACAUUUUCUAAAAUGCCAUAAGAAAAUGCAAUAUCUGGGUACUGUAUGGGGAAAAAAAUGUCCAAGUUUGCAUAAAACCAGUGCAUUUCAGCUUGCAAGUUACUUAACACGAUAAUGCUAUUUUAAUUUUGUUUUGUUUUACAUCAGUUAAAAAAUUCACAAGAAAAUAAUGUAGUUAGAACAAAUUGCAGACAAGGAAAGAAAUAAACUUGAAUGAAAUGGAUUUUACAGAAAGCUUUAUGAUAAUUUUUGAAUGCAUUAUUUAUUUUUUGUGCCAUGCAUUUUUUCUCACCAAAUGACCUUACCUGUAAUACAGUCUUGUUUGUCUGUUUACAACCAUGUAUUUAUUGUAAUGUACAUACUGUAAUGUUAAUUGUAAAUUAUCAGUUCUUAUUAAAACAUCAUCCCAUGAUGGGAUGGUGUUGAUAUAUUUGGAAACUCUUGGUGAGAGAAUGAAUGGUGUGUAUACAUACUCCUUGUACAUUUUUCUUUUCUCCUGUAAUAUAGUCUUGUCACCUUAGAGCUCGUUUAUGGAAGAUUCAAGAAAACUAUAAAAUACGUAAAGAUAUAUAAAUUUAAAAACAUAGCUGCAGGUCUUUGGUCCCAGGGCUGUGCCUUAACUUUAACCAAUAUUUUCUUCUGUUUUGCUGCAUUUGAAAGGAAGGUAAUGGUGGGGCUAGGGCUGGGCAUUUUAUAUCCAGGCUUUCAAUUGAUUGGAUUUCUGGCAAUGGCUGGAUUUUACAAAACCACAGACAACUCUGGAAGACUCUGCGACCCUUUUGAGAUAUAAGUUCUUAAGUAUGUCUUGCCAUGGAACAGCACUGCAUGUAUGAUGCUUGUUUGCCAGCUGUUUAUCAGGAGCAACUUCAGCUACUCACAUCUGGAUUUUUUAUUUUUUCAACUCUCAAACUCUACUGGGGGAAUAUAUUCUCGUCCAGUGAUUAUAAAACAUCUUUUUUUAAAAAAAGUCUUUUGGGCUUUUAGAGCCCCAGGUCACUUGUGUUGAUCAUUUGUGCAUCAGUUUCUGAACAUGUUAAGUGAAUAUGCUGUACAAAAAAAGAUCAUUUUUUUAACUCUAGAAUUUUUCUUCCACUAGGAUAAACCAAAUUUUCUUAUUAGUUUAUCUUAGUGGAUAAAAUACACAUACACACACACACACACACACACACACGUAAACCCAUCUAUGUAAACUUACAAAGUUAUAUGUAAUGCCGAUUCACAUAACAUAAAGGAUUCACCAUCCUCUAGAAUUUGUUUCUUCAAAACUUGUAGCACUGUAGAAUUUUUAAGUUUAACCUUUCACAAUGGCCAGCCCCUGAAAGCAUGAAAAAUUCCUAGUAGAUAACGUGGAAACCUCCUUCCACUGCUGCCCAGCCCUUGGAACAUAUGACUUAGUGAAAGGAAAGAUUCUUUUUCUAGGAAAAAUGAGCCUCCUGUUAUUUUAUUUUAUUUUUUUGACACAAACUGUAGAUUUUAGCAGCCCUGGCCCAAAGGAAUUUGAUUACUUUUGUUUUAAACCAUACAAAGGGGACACUAUAAUUAUAAAAUAACAUCCUUACUGAUUUUAGUUGUUUUUAAUUUUCUUUCUUUGGAUACGUUUUCAAGAGUGGUAAAUUGCGUGUGAGCAUUACAAAUGAUGAUUCUUUUAGUGGUUUCUUAGCCUCUCUUACAGCCCAUGGGGAUAGUACUGUACAUCAAUACCUUCAUAUGAAAUUUUUAUAUGCAAUGAAAAUAAAAGCAUGGGUUGAUUCUGCCUA